CUCUCUCUCUCUCUCUCUCUCUCUCUCUCUCUCAUCUUACUCAAACCUUUCACUAUCACACCACACCAUGAUGGUAUCAAAGCUGUGUCUCACCCACUUCUUAUCCCCUCCUCCCCACCUCUCUCUCUCCUCCCUCUCUCACCUCCCCCUCCUCCGCCGCUCCUCCUUCAAAAUGUCAUCAACAACAACCACCACCCCACAAAUCGUCGAACACUUCGUCCUCUUCAAAGUCAAACCCGACACCGACCCAUCCAACAUCACCGCCAUGAUCGACAACCUCGCCGCCCUCUCCUCCCUCGACCAGGUCGCCCACCUCUCCUCCGGCCCGCUCCUCCGCACCCGAUCCUCCCCCUUCCCCCCCUUCACCCACCUCCUCCACAGCCGAUACAAAUCCAAACACGACCUCGACGCCUACUCCGCCCACCCCAGCCACGUCCGCGUCGUGACCGAACACGUCAAGCCCAUCUGCGACGACAUCAUGGCCGUCGAUUGGGCCACCUGUGAUUUGCCAGGCCCGGUGGCCCCGCCGCCCGGGUCGGCCAUGAGGGUGACGUUUUUGAAGUUGAAAGAAGGGGUGGGGGAAAACGAGAAAGCUAGGGUCUUGGACGUGAUCGGGGGGAUCAAGGGGGUUUUUCCGGCGAUCGAGCAGAUUAGUUUCGGGGAGAAUUUCUCGAUGGGGCGGGCGAAGGGGUUCUCGAUCGGGUCGCUUGCAAUUUUGCCCGGGUUGAGUGAGCUGGAGGCGAUGGAUUCGGAUUUGGAGCGGGCGGGUUUGGAGAAGGAUAAGGUUAGGGAUUUGAUUGAGAGCGUGAUUGUGCUGGAUUAUGUGGUUCCGCAGCAGCAGAGUGCUAGUCUUUGAUUGAGUGUCUAGUAGUGAUUCUUAGUUUGAGUGAUUGAAUUUUGAGAAAAUGUUGGGUGGCUGUGUAAUGGAGUUGUAUUUGAAUGCUUAAAUUCAGCUUGCUAUUGCACUUA